AUGUUCAAAUUAUCUUCACUUCCUGUGGAUAUUCGAAAAAUACUCAAGGUCAUUGUGGAUCAUAAGACAACUCAUAAGUGUAUGCUUAUGGCUCUCGCAAUAGGCAUCAUGAUUGACACCAUCUGCACAUACAAUAUCUCAGAUAUGAGGAUUUCUCUUGGAAGUACCUCGGCUCGCUGCGGCAAUGUCGAAGUCCACGAGUUGGCCCGCGUAAUCGAACUCGAUGCAGGCCAUCAUUCAGAAACUAGCUUCCGUGUCGCAGACACUUCAACCGGCACAGUCAGUCAACGAAACAUAUCCUUUCCUGAGGCCGCGCUUCGUGACAUCGAGACAAAGCUCGCUAUAGUCAUACCCUGUAUGAACGAGGAGCUGGACGUUCUGGAUGGAGUCCUCCACGGUAUCCCACACGAAUGUUUCGUCAUCCUCGUCUCCAAUAGCUCACCGCGCAACUUCUUUGCAGAAUCCGAACUCCUCCAAGAUUUUUGCAGUCGUGCAGGACGGCUGGCCAUCAUCGUACACCAAGGCGAUGAAGGCCUUGCAAAAGCUUUCUUCGCUGCAGGCAUGUCCGACCUCGUCACUGAGACCAGUCUUUUUCCGUCGGAGGAGCAGAGGCCCACCUGUCGGAUCCGCAAUGGCAAGGGGGAAGCCAUGAUUAUCGGGACUGUUAUAUCUAGAAUGAUUGGCAAGAAGUUUGUCGGUUUCAUCGAUGCUGAUAACCUAGCCGCAGGCGCCGUACAUGAGUACUGUAAAGUGUAUGCUGCGGGUUUACACUAUGCACUUUACUCUUCCAACUCCAAUCACCCGCCUCACGCCAUGGUCCGGAUCAAGUGGAAUUCCAAGCCCAAAAUUGAAGAUGGAAAGCUGGUUUUCGAAAAGUCGGGACGAUGCUCGCGGGUAGUCAAUGAAUGGAUGAAUCGUGUCUCCAAUGAGAUCCAUCAGACAAGCCUCGAGGACGCGAUGGCGCUGGGUUUAAAUGUGAUAGAAACUGCGAAUGCAGGUGAACACGCAAUGACUAUUGACCUGGCGAUGAAGUUGCGGUUUGCGACUGGAUAUGCGGUGGAGCCCUUUCAACUCAUCAGUAUUUGGGAACGGUUCGGAUCGCAAGCGCCUACUUCGCCACCCCUCUCACGAGAUGUCCAAGUGCUCCAGGUUGAGACGCGCAACCCGCAUUUCCACAACAUCAACAAAGGAAUCGAGCAUAUCGAGCAAAUGCAAGUCCAGGGGCUGGGCGUGAUAUAUCAUUCGCAACUUACUCCACCGCAGUUGAAAGAAGAACUGCGCGCGUAUGUGAAAGAGAAGUUUCCCAAUGCGGUUGAUGGCGAUGGGGUACCUGAGCAGGCUCGUGCAUACCCGCCUAUUGAUAUGAUGAACUUUGAGGUCUUUGUGGCGGAGCUGAAGAAGCAUACAGAUGCUAUGCGAAUCGUCGGCAGCCCAUGCCCUGCUGAUCAAAUCAAAUAA